AUGAGUCCGUCCUUGAGUGAAGCAAUGAGUAAUAUCUUGCACAAAACCUCGACUCCCGUGCUAGAUGCUCUGACGGAAUUUCUAGCCGGCAAUCUGAAGCAAGAAAAAGAGAAGACGUUUCCGCGCUACUUGGAGAGCUUCCUGUCUCACAUUCGAAAUUUUCGAGGUGGAGUUUCACGACAGAAUGAUUCUGGCGAAGAAAACGACACGACAAAGGAAAAUGCAGCAGUGAAUGAAUCAACGAGGAAAGAAGCUACGGAGACGAAGAUCAAGCAGUCAAAUAAAUUACGAGGUACGGAAAAUAUAGUAGCUAUCAGAUUAACACCUUUUGAUUACCCUGAAACCUCAAAAUCACCGGGGACCAACAAGAAAUCUAUUUCGAAGACUGGCCAGAGUAAAGCGAAGAGCACCCAGAAUAAAGCUGUACAAAUGAGUCAAAAUUCAAGUACCCAAAGGCUUCAAGAAGACGAAGAUAUCAAUGAUGAUUCUUCUUUGGAUAUAGAGGAUGUGGAAAGAGCACAGAAAUAUAUCUUAGUCGGAUGGGACAACUUCCGUUCUAAGCUUAUGGUGGUUCUACUGGUUCUUCUCGUUCUAUGGGCAGUCAUUUAUUUCCCUUUGAUCGGAACUUGAUAUUUAGUGGCAUCGAUUCGAUGCAAAAGCGAUGUUUCUUCGUGAUUAUACUGCUCCUAUUGCAUUAAACGUGUUUUCAAUUAAUUUGUAAUGUGAGUAUAUAUAAAAAGUGAGUUUUCAACGUCUAAUCAGGGGUUGAUUUACAUUAGACGCUGACAAGGAGGAUGUUAUUUACUCACACGGAUAUAGAGCGUUUCAUAAAUAUCAUUAGAGGAUAACUUAUU